AAACCCUCAUUUGUUUUCAUUUCUCAGUCCCGGACAGCUGAUAGAAAUGGCGAGGGCUGCUGUCUUCAACCUCCUUAGAUCCCAAUCCAAGCAACUCAUUUCAAGAAACAUCCAUUCAGGUUAUCCUUGUAGGGUUGCAACAUGGUCCCACACCCAAUGUGCCAAAUCCAACUUCAACUCCGCAACAAGCAUUUUCACUGCCCAGAAAAGAUGGGCUUCUCAAGCUAAGACAACUGAGGAUGACAACAAAAUCAGCAUCGGUCCUCGUAAAGACAGAGAAGAUGACAAAGAUAAGAAGGAUGCUGGGAUUGUUUACUAUGGUCCAAUUUCAUCUACCCUCAAGAAAGUAAAGAUGCUUUCUCUUUCAACCUGCUGCCUCUCAGUAUCCUUGGGCCCUGUCAUUACAUUCAUGACUUCUCCUGGCAUGAAUGUGAUUCUGAAAGGUGCAGUGGCAUCCUCCGUGAUAUUCUUCAGUGCUACAACAACUGCUGCACUUCACUGGUUUGUGAGCCCUUACAUCCACAAGAUCAGGUGGAAGCCUGGUUCAGACAGCUUUGAGGUGGAGAUGAUGUCAUGGUUGGCAACAUAUAUUCCACGAACCAUCAAGUUUGCUGACAUCCGUCCACCAGAGACCAACAGGCCCUUUGUGACAUUUAAAGCCAAUGGGAACUUCUACUUUGUAGAUACAGAGCACUGUCAUAACAAGGCUUUGUUGGCGAGACUCACACCCCAGAAAGCAACUAAUGAAUCAGCUCUUAAGAACAUAUGAUUGGAAAGGUCAGGAGCUCGUGCAAAUUUCAUCAUUAAGAUGAAUGAUCUAUAGUUUUGGAUUUAUGAUAAGCCAUGAAUAGGUUCAACCCUUUUUCUGGAUAAGCCUGUUGAUUACAGAAACACAAAACUUUCGUUGGUUUAACUAGAAUUUCAGUCUAUUGCUGCUUCUUGUUUUUGAUCUACUGGCUUUCUACGAGUAAUAAAAAUUUUAUUUACUUGAAACUUGUAAUGCAUCGAUGACUGGAAGCUAAAUUUUCAGGAUAAUCUUUGCAGCAAUUGUUCAGUCAGGAUCACGAGAGCAUAACAAUAGCAAUGGUAGAAAAGAUCUCAGUGCAUAGCAAUUACCAUGUUUGGCAAUUAUGAGUGACAAGUUAUGUUACUAAUUACUACCAAUAUUUAACAGCAAAUGCAAAUUACAGGCUUAGACCACUUUUUUCUUUUGGUGUUUUGGGUUAUAACUGGAGUUUCAAUUCGAAAUCUUCAACCUCGAAGCUGACUUCGGUACCACUGUUAGCUCUGUGAGCUAACAGCUCUUAAAUAGGAAAAGUAAUAAGAGAAUCAUAACAACCCUACAACGAAUAAUAGAUAAAUUUAUCAAAAGAUUCAAAACACAACAAAUUUAUUUUAAUUACCCAAGUAAAAAGCUCAUAACACCCUCUUAAGUUUUCAACUGCUCAGAUCCCAAUCCAAGCAACUCGAUUCAACAAACAUCCAUUGAAGUUCUAUUUUUCUAUGUUUUCAUACCCAUUUUUCAUUAACAGAAACUCAUUUCAAUAG